CUUGUCAUUAACAAAAAGCAGCAGAGUGGGAGGUUGUGGAGCUCGUCUCAUCCUUGUGCAUGCUGUGUUGGACCCAGUGAUGAGAGGGUCCCAACAACAGUGAGACCCACGACACUUGUGUUUUUUCUCUCCCCUCCACUUCAAUCUCUGAGUUACACACACACUGCUCUAUCUUUUGGAUUAUUGUUUUUCUUUGAUGCUGAAGUCGCCUGUGCAGGAUUGAAAGAAGAAUCUGUAAGGAGGAUUAACUUUGCAACUUUUUUCUCUUUUUUCCAAAAUUUUUCUCCAUUGAAGUUGGUUUUAUUCAUCAGCUCAUCUGUAUGAGAUUUUCUUCAGCUGGAAUAAUGCCUUCGUGCCGGAGUAGAGGCUCCUGGUUUCCAGUGGUAUUUGGUGCUGCACUGGUUGUUCUCACUGCUGGUAAUGCUGGACCAAACCAGGACACGCGGCAGGCUGGGUCGUCCUCCUGCUUUGGAGGCUUUGAUCUUUACUUUGUUUUGGACAAAUCUGGGAGUGUGCAGAAUCACUGGGCCGAAAUCUACCACUUUGUUGAACAUCUAGCUCAUAAAUUUAUAAGUCCACAGUUGCGGAUGUCCUUCAUUGUGUUUUCCACUGAGGGAAGGAUCUUAAUGAGCCUGACAGAAGACAGGGAACACAUUCGCAAAGGCCUGGAGGAGCUCCAGGGGGUUCGUCCUGGAGGAGACACCUUCAUGCAUGAGGGCAUCCUAAGGGCCAGUGAGCAGAUAUACUAUGGGAACACUGAAGGUUAUCGCACUGCCAGUGUUAUCAUAGCUCUGACAGAUGGAGAGCUGCAUGAGGAUCUUUUCUACUAUGCUGAGAGAGAGGCCAACCGCUCCAGAAGUCUGGGUGCCUCAGUUUACUGCGUUGGGGUGAAGGACUUCAAUGAGACACAGUUGGCAAAGAUUGCUGAUAGUAAGGACCAUGUCUUCCCUGUAAAUGAUGGAUUUGAGGCCUUGCAGGGGGUCAUCGACUCGAUCCUGAAAAAGUCCUGUAUUGAGAUCCUGGCAGCAGAACCCUCGAGCAUCUGUGCAGGAGAGUCCUUCCAAGUGGUGGUAAGAGGAAACGGAUUCCUCCACGCCCGCAAUGUCGAAAAGGUCCUGUGCAGCUUCCGCAUCAAUGACACCCUUACUAAGAUGGUGAAGCCUUUGAUUGUGGAAGAUACAUAUCUUCUCUGCCCUGCACCAGUACUUCAAGAUGAGGGCAUGGCAGCAAACCUUUAUGUCAGUAUGAAUGAAGGUCUCAGUUUCAUCUCCAGUUCGGUCACCAUUACCACUGUGGGCUGUUCUGAUGGGACCAUCCUGGCCAUAGCUCUUCUCAUCCUGAUGCUGCUCCUGGUCUUGGCUCUCCUCUGGUGGUUCUGGCCUCUCUGCUGCACUGUGAUCAUCCACGAACCCCCACCACCAGCUGUGGAGGAGAGUUCGGAUGAUGAAGACUUUGAAGCCCCUAAGAAGAAAUGGCCGACUGUGGAUGCCUCCUACUAUGGAGGAAGAGGAGUUGGGGGAAUCAAAAGGAUGGAGGUUCGCUGGGGUGAGAAAGGAUCCACCGAAGAAGGAGCAAAGCUGGAAAAGGCCAAAAAUGCCAAAGUGAAGAUGCCUGAGCAGGAGUAUGUGCCGCCCCCCACGCGGGUUCUCAACAACGGCAUGCACAGACCUCCGGGGCCACGCAAGUGGUACUCACCCAUCAAGAGCAAACUGGAUGCAUUGUGGGUACUUUUAAGAAAAGGCUACGACCGUGUGUCUGUAAUGAGACCUCAUCCAGGUGACAAGGGCAGAUGCAUGAACUUCACCCGUACAAAGUCUCCCCCUCCUCACUACCCACACUACAACCACCACCACCCAUCUCCCAUCUACAACCCUCCCAGCAGGAGUCCUCCUCCGCCGCAGGGCACCCUCCCACCGACCCCCAGCAGCCGACCUCCAUCAUCUCCAUCGUUCUCCUUCUCCACCCUUCCACCGCUGCCUCCGACACCUCCUCCCACCUCCACUACUCCCUCUCCUUCCAUCACACCUCCCCCUUACACGCCACCUCCCAACCGGGCUCUACCACCGACCACCCUGCACAUACCUGCCCCACCAGCGCUACCACCGACCCCUCCACCCUCCACCUCCCCGAACAGUUCCCUGCCUCCUCCUCCUCCUCUGGGACCUCCUCCGGUACGAGCACCUCCACCUGCCCGUGCACCGCCUCGCCCCGGCCUGUAGAGCUCUGGCAGCAUACAGGAGAGAGUUUUAACAGGAUUUAAAAAGGCAACUCAUAGUCCCACCGGCAAUCAGCACGACCAUCCUUGAUUGUACCUGCAAGCGAGGGCAUGAGUGCCCCGUGCCACGCUCAUUGGACUGUGGCCUUUCUGCCUUGUGAAGUGGAGCAGUGAUGCCUUGUUUUCAGCUAUUUGUCUACAGUGACUUUUGUACACAUUUAGCCUGACAGUGCAGUUGCUCUGAUGCUUGAAUUCCACAGACAUUCCCUACAAAUGAGGUCAUGCAGGCCGGCUCAAAAACAUUUGCCUCCGUGGUCCUCAGAGAUGCUUCUGGCCCUGUUGUCCCAUCCAUGAGCACACAGAUUGGAUGAAUCUUGACAAACCCGAUAAACAGCUUGUAAUAAUGCCUCUGUCUGGACAACAAGAAGCACAGUCUUGUUCAAAAUAAUCAUGACAUUAAAGUAUGUGCCUGUGUAACAUUCUUAUCUUUCCUGAUACGAGUUGUUCCACAUGCAGCAGAUUUGGAAGAAUCUGAAAAUCCUUGUUUUUGUACUCUUGAAUGUUGAGCAAUUGCAUGCAAUAGUGUUUGAGUCAGCAGUUUUGUUGUUUUUAUAACAUUUCUACCUUGUUUUAUACAACAUAAAUACAUUUUUAUUUGUACUUUUAUUGUGGAGUAGACAACAGUUUCUGAGAUUUUUAAGGUUAGAAAAGCAUUGCUGAUAAACACAUGUACAGUAAGCUUAUUGAAACAGCAAUGCAACUUAUGUGAACCUGUUUAUGCAAUGUUUGACUUCCAUGCCAUUUAAACCAGACUAAUGUGAGUCAUAGCUGGCCUAUCAUGCACAUCAGAGUUAACAAUAAAUCAGGAUUUAGACACUAAAUUAACCCUAUUAUUAUAACCGACCUGACCAAGAUGACUGUAAUCACUGCUAUAGCUGCAUUGCGCUCUGUCUAUCAAUAUGUUGACAAACAUAUGUCAGAGUCAGGGAAACGCAAUAUGUGUAAAUAAUCAUUUUGAUAUAACCACGUGUGUUCUGUGUGAGUGUGUGUGUGUGUGUGUGUGUCUGAAAGAUUGAGAGAGACUACUAUGUAUUCAGACAGCCAGUCUCACAGUAGACUGACCUGAGUCAGUAUGCCAGUUUGAUCAACUUAAACAAAAAUAAUCAGGUUGUUUUACACAUGAUGCUUUCAAUUCCUCAAAGCACAGAACAUGAUAAAAGCAUGGGUCAUUUUACGUUUGGUGUAGGUUAAAUAAAAGAUUAAUAUGAAACUGUAGUUAGAGGAGUCUCAGCAGAAUGCAGUGUAGAUUGCGAGCUCAUCUUUAGAAAUCAGAAAGGGUCUCUCAAAGAGUUUUACAUAAAUGUCAUGGCAGAACUGAUGAGACAGUAUGUAAUUUUCCAACAAUACACCAUGUAGACACCUAUAGUUUCAUUGAAAAUGAAAGUAAACAAUUUAAGUAUUCAACUGGA